AGAAUCGAUCACAACCUGUUCUCAGUCUUCUCUCUCACAGGUUCUAGGUUCUCAGUGUUUGCGGGGCACUCUGUUAGGGAAGGUAAGGAACUGAAAACUAUUGCUCUACGAGUAUAUAUAUCUUUGUGAUUUUGUUAAUGCAUCUGCAUUUAUUUUUGUAUGCUGUGACAUGAUUUUGUUUUGAUUUUCUUCCUUUUUUGGGAUGAUUUUUUUACCUUGUGUUCGUAAUUCGAUUUGUUGUUGCCCUUUGUGGUUAAUUUUCACGUGGCCAAUUUUUCAAAUCUGUGAAACUGACAUGUUAGGUAAGCGAAGGAUUCAAUUUGAUCAAAGUUUCCUGUUUCGGCCAAUUUUGGAAAGUAAAAGUUUCCUGUUUUUGGUUGUUCCUUAUUAAUGUCAUGCACAUGGUUGAAAUCUCAAUUCAUCUUUCUCUGAAUUUGGAUUAGAUAUCUUCAGAAAUCCAGAUAAUGGUUUUUGUGUAGUCAUGAAUUUCUUAACUGACUUGCUUUUCUGAUGCAUGCCUUAUAUGAACCAUGUGGUCUUUUAGCUGAAUUGGGUGAUUAUCCUGUGAAUAUUUUAUUUAUUUUUAAUUUGAGUCUAGAAAGGUUCUAAAACAGAAAGCAUUUUGGUCUUUGAAAUGAAGAUUUGCUGAUCAAUUUUUUAAUUUAUUUUGCUUUGUGAACUGUUGGUUGUGCCACGCGUGUUGCUUUCACAUAGGCGUUUGUAGGCGCCAAACUGUUGUCAAAACAAUUUCUUGUGUUUGAGAUGCAAUUGUGCAUGGGAAUAGGUAGACCAAAUUGUCUGCUUUUAUGCGUUAUGCAUGCAGGGAAAAUUGUUAUGCCUGAUUCUUUGUUGCAUAGAUCUGGUGUCGUUUUCCAUCGCGACACACAAGUGUAAAAGUACCGGAUUUGCAGGCCUGUUUUUCUUAUUCCUUUGAACAUUAUGUCAAAUAAUGCACUCGUGGUAUAUUUACUAACAUGUCGACAAAUAAAAUCGCUUUGCUUUAAUGAUUGCAUGAUUUGUUGCUUUUGUCGUGUGUGAAACGUGGGCGUUGACGUGUUUGAUUUCGCAUGAAACAGAAUGGAUCAUCAAGGGCAUGGCCAGAACCCAUCCAUGGGGGGUGUCGGUAGCGGAGGUCAACUGACGUAUGGUUCUAACCCAUAUCAGCCAAACCAAAUGACCGGGGCACCAGGAGCGGUUGUCACAUCUGUUGGGAACAUGCCAUCCACCGGUCAACCUGCUGGAGCUCAGAUGGGGCAGCAUCAGCUUGCUUAUCAGCAUAUUCAUCAGCAACAGCAGCAGCAACUUCAGCAACAGCUCCAAGCCUUCUGGGCAAAUCAAUACCAAGAAAUUGAGAAGGUUACUGAUUUCAAGAACCACAGCCUUCCCCUGGCAAGGAUCAAGAAGAUUAUGAAGGCUGAUGAGGAUGUUCGAAUGAUAUCAGCUGAGGCACCGGUCAUAUUUGCAAGGGCAUGUGAAAUGUUCAUAUUAGAGUUAACCCUGCGUUCUUGGAAUCACACUGAAGAGAACAAAAGGAGAACUCUCCAGAAAAAUGAUAUCGCUGCAGCAAUUACUAGGACUGAUAUCUUUGACUUCUUGGUUGACAUAGUGCCUCGCGAGGACCUGAAAGAUGAAGUGCUCGCAUCAAUCCCAAGAGGAUCAAUGCCUGUGGCUGGGCCUGGUGACGCGCUUCCUUAUUGCUACGGCAUGCCUCAGCAAGUUGGACCUGCUGGUGUCAUAAUGGGAAAGCCUGUGAUGGAUCCAAAUAUGUAUGCUCAGCAAUCUCAUCCUUACAUGGCACCCCAAAUGUGGCCUCAGCCACAAGACCAGCAGCGACCACCAUCUCCAGAUCAGUAGAUGCUUUAUUAUGGGCGUGUCUUGGAAAUCAAGGUGAACUUCAGGCUCUCCCUCACUCUUUUUAAUCAGUGCAUGUUUGAAAAUUCUCCUGCAAUUGAUUCUAAAGCCAAAAUUAAUUAUAUGGAGAAGUUUCUGUGAGUAGCUUCUAUGUGCCAAAAUUUAUUCUAAAGAAAAAUAAGUUAAUCAAAAAAUGCUAUUAGAUGUUCAGGCUUUAAUGAGUUAAAUUUGAUGUUUAAAUGCUUAUUUCAUUACAUUAUAGAAAAGUUGGACUCUGCAGGUCUUCAAUUUCAGUUUUCUUCUUUUUACAAGACUCCUGAAAACAUACAAAAGACCUUUGUGUUGCAGUUUUAUAUGUGAGCUUUUUUGAGUUUCACCCUACAUAUAUUCUCUCUUUACUCGAUCUGCGUAAAUGAUGUUUAUAUUUUUUUGCCUGUACUGUUAUCGAUCAUAGUUCCUUUUGUGUCUGAUAUUUACCUGCAUUUCCUGGCUUGCAGAUUAUCCGGUGCUGUAAUCUCGUGAGGAUGUCAAGCUGAAUGGUUAGAAAGGGGUGCUGCAAUCUCCUGAUGAUGUCAAGCUGAAUGGUUAGAAAGGGGUCUAUAGCGAUGAUCAGAAAGUGUAGCUGAUAGUUUACAUGUAAUGCAGACUAUUAUGUAGAUAAUGGGACCCCCGUAGAUAAUAUGCUAGGGAAAACUGAACCUUAUCUUUAAUUAUGCUGGAUAAAAUGUUAUUUGUAGCGGUUUAAUUUUCUGGUCAUCAUAUGAUAUAUAAUAUUAACUUAUAGGUGCAUAUUUACUUCAA